UGCUUCCAAGUUCCGUUUUCUCCACAAAUUGUGUGUAGUAAUCACCGCCUAAACUCCCUCUAUAACAAACCCAGCCAGUAACACAUCCCCAUUCCCCUCCUCUAUAUUUAGCAAUCAACAAUAAUCUGCAAAAUCAAAAUCCCAUUUUUUUCCGUUUCUACUUAUAAUGCCGUAAAGGAUAGAAUUUCCCUUUGUUCAGUAUAUAUAAUCCACUCACCUCAUCUUUUUAUCUAUUUCAAAACCAUUUUUUUAAUUUGUUGUUGAGUUUUUUAUACCAUAAAAAAAAAAUCACAAUCUAAUGGGAUUUGGGUCGAUUUUCAAUAGGAAAAAGAAGCUGCGUUCUAGAAAUUUAACUGAUUCUCCAACUGUCUCUUCAAGUGGAUCAUUGUUCCUUCAAUCUCCUGUGCGAAAUUUUACCCAAACCCAACUCCAAGAAAUCGAAGAAGUGUUCAAAAAGUUCGAUGCGAAUGGAGACGGUAAGAUCUCAGCCUCUGAACUGGGUUCCAUCAUGAAAUCACUCGGUCAACAACCCUCCGAUGAAGAACUCCACAACAUGAUCAAAGAAUUCGACGCCGACGGUGAUGGGUUCAUAAAUUUCAACGAGUUCAUCGAGUUGAACACCAAAGGAGUCGACUCGGAAGAGGUUUUGGAGAACUUGAAGGACGCUUUCUCGGUUUAUGACAUUGACGGGAAUGGUUGGAUUUCAGCUGAGGAACUCCACGAGGUUCUUAAGAGCCUCGGAGAAGAAUGCUCGAUCGCAGAGUGUAGGAAGAUGAUAAGUGGAGUCGACAAUGAUGGGAAUGGGAUGAUUGAUUUCGAAGAGUUUAAGGUUAUGAUGAUGGCUGGAGCCACCUUUGUUUCCAUGGAUUCUAAGAGAGAUGUUGCUGUCUAAAUCAACUGAUGCUCUGGUUUUUUUUUUCUGGGUAUCAAUCUGCUUAAUCCAUAGAGCAGCUUGUUUUUAUUUUUAUUUUAUUUUUUAUUUUCUUAUAUUGGUCUUAUGAAUUUGUGUAUAUUUUGGAUUACUAUCAACUUCUCUUUCUAUGGAAUUUAAUGGUUAUUUUGGAUAA